AUGGCCGAGUUUGUCAAGCUUAGCAUCUUUGGAACCGUCUUCGAGGUCACAGACCGAUAUGUCGACUUGCAACCGGUUGGAAUGGGAGCGUUUGGAUUGGUGUGCUCUGCGAAGGACGAGCUGACGGGCCAGAUGGUCGCGAUCAAGAAGAUCAUGAAGCCGUUCAGCACUCCGGUCCUCGCCAAGCGUACCUACCGCGAACUCAAACUCCUCAAACACAUCCAGCACGAAAACAUCAUCUCGCUCUCCGACAUCUUCAUCUCGCCCCUCGAGGACAUCUACUUCGUCACCGAGCUCCUCGGGACCGACUUGCAUCGGCUCUUGACGAGUCGUCCGCUUGAGAAGCAGUUCAUCCAGUACUUUUUGUACCAGAUCCUGCGCGGCUUGAAGUACGUCCACUCAGCCGGCGUCGUCCACCGGGAUCUCAAGCCGUCCAACAUCCUCGUCAACGAGAACUGCGACCUCAAGAUCUGCGACUUUGGACUCGCGCGUCUCGCCGACCCGCAGAUGACGGGUUACGUCUCGACGAGGUACUACCGCGCGCCGGAGAUUAUGCUCACUUGGCAGAAGUACGAUGUGGCGGUCGACAUCUGGUCGGCAGGGUGCAUCUUUGCCGAGAUGAUCGAGGGACGGCCACUCUUCCCCGGCAAGGACCACGUCAACCAAUUCUCCAUCAUCACCGAACUCCUCGGCACCCCUCCCGAGGACGUCAUCCAGACCAUCUGCUCGGAGAACACUCUCCGGUUCGUCCAGAGCCUCCCGAAACGCGAGCGCGUCCCGUUCGCGCAAAAGUUCCGCGGCGCAGACCCCCAGGCGCUCGACCUCCUCGAAAAGAUGCUCGUGUUCGACCCGCGCAAGAGGAUCGAUGCGGCGCAGGCGCUUGCGCAUGAGUACUUGGCACCGUACCAUGACCCGACGGACGAGCCGGUCGCGCCUGAACCGUUCGACUGGUCGUUCAACGAUGCCGACUUGCCCGUCGACACCUGGAAGGUCAUGAUGUACAGCGAGAUCCUCGACUUCCACCACAUCGACUCGGAGGAGACGUCCGGACCCGUCGCCGCGCCUACCGCCUAA